GCCCCUUUUCUUCUGAAGAAAAAAGAAUGCACAAGGAUAUUAUAGUGAGGGUGUUGGCACUUUCCUGCAUCAGCCAGGUACUUGCACUAGGUCCAAUAUGCUAUCAGUGUGACGACGUCCCGACAACUAAAGACUGUGACCAGGUCGUGAUUUGUGGAGAACACGAGAAAUGUGCUACUCGUCUGCUAUUUGACUCAAACUAUCGUGAAUACUACAAACUCGGCUGCAUUGACGCAAACGUUUGUUUAGGGACCCAGGGCUCGAUGUUAGAACUUACAUCCUCACCAGGCGUGAUCGGGAAACGCUCCCUUCCGCUUACAUCCGGACGUGACUUCAGAAAUCGGAAAUCACGUGCCACAGCGGAGGACACCGUUCUUUGUCUGGAAUGUGCCGCUACCAAUAUCCGGGUACAGCUCAACCAGUGCAUUCCACGUGAGUUGAACAUAUUCGGAUAUGACGUCAUACUAUUCAAUUCAUUUACCGGAAAAACUUUCUAA